AUGGGUGCUACUUACGGACAACGCCAACGAAGUAAAUUUCGUUUUCUUAUGGGUAUUAAUGGUUUUCUAUUAGCAUUUGCUAUAUUCAUUAUUGUUUCUAUGUCAAUCUAUUGGGGUUUCUUUGAAGAAUGGACCAUUUGGACGGAUUACACAAUGGCUUGGGUUGAAUUUAAUUUCUUUAUAUAUUAUUGGGAUCGUUUAACAAUUACACGUGCUUAUCUCUCAUUAAUUUAUAUAUAUGGUUUUGUUUUACUUGCAAUUAUUGCAUGUCAGAUUCAUGCGUAUCGUCGUCGAAAUAUAUUUCUUAUGGAAUAUGUUCCAUAUACAUUAUUUGGUUUAGCUAUUAUAACAAUACUUGGUGGUUUAGCUUGGUUUGCUGUAACAAUGAUUAAUAUGAAUGCUGGAUUUUUAACAAAAGAAACAUUUUUACUUGAACGACUUCGUUUUAAGGGUAAUGCUUUUAAAGAAUUAAAAUAUCGUGAAGAAUCAUUUCAUUUGGUUACAUCGGGUCGUGUACCACCACGUGUUUUUAUUUUAACUGCUUUUGUUAAUCAACGUCAAAGAGAUUUUCAUUGUUGUGGUUGGAAUUCUUAUCUUGAUUAUUCAGCUUCAUAUAAGACUGAUUUACCUGAUACAUGUUGUCAUAAAUAUCAAAUAAAUUAUGGUUGUGGAAAAAAUAUGUUGAUUAAUCCAGAUCCAAAAAUUGUAAAUACACGUGGAUGUGGUCCAUUAAUGAAAUAUUGGUAUCGACGAGGUUUUUGGGAAAACAUAUUUAUGAGUUUAUUUGGAAUUACUAUGGGUGCUUAUAUGUUAUUUGUAUUUCAACGUAAUCGAAAAGAAUUCGUUCAAUUACGUGAUGAAGCUGAUGAUAGAAAACGAAUUAUACGUUCACAUUCAAUGGGAUCAGUUCGUUCAACAACUAAUAAUAAUUCAUAUAAAACUCCAAGUAGACCUAAUAACCCACAAUAUCAAUAUAGUGGUUUGACAAGUUCACCAUCGAAUGGAAUGGCUGGUGAAGAUGAUUCAGAUAAUAGUUCAAGUGUUCUUUAUCAACCACCAACAAUACCUAAUCCAAAUGCUUAA